GUCCUCAGACGACAGCGGGGACCACUGAAGCGUCUCCCACAACCAUGCUACGAGCUACUGGUGAGUGAGUCGUCACUACUGUCGGUUGUCUGCGAACGGUACUUUCACACCUGCAUAGUUUGGUUGUUGACAAUCGGUAUUUCGUACCUACAGGUGACUGUCAGCGGUACGCGACUCGACGACUUGCACGAGCAAAGAGAACAGAAGACUGUUUCUAAUGUGACUUGUUAGUCGUCAGCAUUCAGACAUACAGAGAAAGCAGUGACCAGCAAAGUUGACCUUCAUAACCUUGAAAACCUCGCUUUCCUUAGCGUAACCCACAUCCUAUUGCCGUAAAGCAGCCAGGAUGUCGAACGAGGCGACCCCCCUUCAAGUGCCGGAAGCGGCCAUGUCUAAGAAGCGGCGUCCAUCCAUGCAAGGCGGUCCCGAGGCCUCCAUGUCAACCACCGGCCCUACGAUCCGCAGGAUGUCCCGCCUGGAGCAGCGUAUGAGCUUCGCGGCAGCGAACCGCCGCAUGUCCCACGUGUCGCGCUUGUCCAGCGUCUCGGGUGUCAGUAUCGGCAUCGCGGGCUUCAAGCAUCAGAACAAGAUAGCCAACACAUACCGCAUGCAGCCGGAGAAGGAGGAGCGCUUUAACGCUGCAGCCGCCGAGAAGCUGAUAAAAAGCGUCCUGACACGCUACCUGGACGGCGAGAAGUACGACAAGAUGCUGUGCACCAGCCUCUCCAAGAACCUCAGUGACGUCAUCAAGGACCGCAUCAAGGACCAGGGCUUCAGCCCCCGCUACAAGUACGUGUGCCUGGUGACCAUGGGCCAGGUCAAGGAACAGGGUAUGAACAUCGCCUCGCGCUGCCUCUGGAGCACUGAAACCGACAAUUACGCUUCUGCCACCUUCACCAAGGGCGACCUGUUUGCCGUCGCCACGCUCUACGCUUUGUAUUUUGAGUAGCAUGGCGUGACGGAGCUUACAACAGGUCAACCGACACUGUCAGCUGUGAUAUGCCUACAACGUCUUAAAAUAAUAUUAUAUGUAUAUAUCUGCAACGAUGUUAGGAGUUAUUUGACUUGGGAGGGCUGGGGAUGGUGGGAGGAGUAGGGAACAGAGAGCGCUCCGCACGAGGAUUGAUAGCUGCUGAUGGUGCGCUGGACAUUUUCUAAGAAAUAUACAUAAGUAAGAAGUUAAUGUUACAAGUUUUGUACCCGACUAAGGCAGCUUCAGCCAGAUAAACGAGUAGUUCUUGGCCUUUCUCCUGUAAACUGCAGUCUUGAUCCAUUUCUAAUAUGGACGAUUUUUUCCCUCGUUAGUAGGGCACACGCUGAGCAAACGAUGACUUUCUGAAACGCCGUACUGCUCAGUUUUUAAGCAGAAACCCUGUUUCCAUCAGAAAUCUAAAUCGGCGUACACUUAUAAUGAAAACAUCGUGAACAUAACCUUAAAAACAAUGCACAAAUGCAUCCGUUUGGAAGAUACACUGGCCACUUUCAUUGUAGAGCCAGUUUCAGCUUCUCACCAAAAGCAUUUUCAUUUUCCACUCACAAAUAAAAAUCAGAUUCAAGCUCUUUCUCUGUAUGUGUUGCGUAUAUAUAUAUAUAGAGAGAGUGGUGUAUAUGUGAUGGGUGUGUUUGUAGAAGUGUGGCGGGUGAUGUGGCAUAUCUUCAACUCAGUUUCGGUUAUUGAAGGAAAAGUUGGUUUAAAUACAUCCUCAAUGCUGCUGUCACUUCCUGUUUCCAGCUAUGUGCUUUUCAUUACAAAUUUUAGACACUGUUCAUUUAUCUGGUGUUUACAUUUCUAUUUUAUUAUGUUAAUAUGCAGUUUACAGAACGUACUUGACUUACAGACAUCUUGGAUAACGCAUCGGCUCAUGUUCAUGUUCCAAAUGUGUAACAGCCUUGGGCUCAGCUUUUCCACCUUGCUUUGACUGCUCAACUUUUGUUGUAAUAUGCUUUCUAGAUGUCUCGUGUAUAUCUCGUUACUAGAACACGGCACAUCCGUCACCGAAGCUCUGUUUUGUAGCAGGUAAUUUUCAUCUAUUUUCCGAGCAACAGGUAGGAGGUGCUGAUGGUUUAUAUCGCAUAUAAAGCGGAAUGAUGUCCUCAUAUUUUGGGGAUUCUAAUUUUUAAAUGAAAUGAUAAUAAAGAAAUAUAUUGCACUCA